AUGCUGACAGAGACAUACCCUCUCUCAUACAAUCCUAGAACAAUCUCAAGUAUCCAUUCUUAUACAAACAAACAUCAACCACUUACACCAUCGACAAUCCAUCUACCUCGCCUUCCACCUAAGACUCAAUUUCCUCCAAUACACACAAAACCCACAAAUUCAACCACAAUGGCCGCCUUCACUCUUCUGUUCACUCCCGCCACCGCCGUCUACGGACGCUCAGGCUACAACAAGGACGGCGACGACGAGGAGAAGAACGACCGCAGCCGCUCCGGAUACAACAAGGACGGCGAUGACGACGACGAGGGCCAGAACAAGGGCCGCUCCGGCUACAACAAGGAUGGCGACGACGAGGAGGACAAAUAA